GUGGCGGCCACAGCGACAUUUAGAGAAGAAGCAAAUAUGGCUGCUAACAGUAAUUAUUACGGUUAUUCAACGGGCGUUCAAAGCUCCCAAGUUUACGGGGGUGCAAUGCAGAACCCCCAAAUGGCUGCCACGGCAUAUAAUGCACAAAAUACAUCCGCUUACGGUGUGCAGUCGGCGACUCCAAGCGUGUACGGAACAGCUACACAACAGCGAGUAGCGAUGACGGCCCAAGCACCUUACACGCCGACGGCUGCCUCGAGCUACCAGGCGGCAGGAAUGUCGGGCAGUUCUUAUGGCUAUACGGCCAGAGCACAAGAUACGACUGGGCAAAGCUAUCAGACGAACACUCCAAGCGCUUAUGCUAGUGCCACAUCGUAUUAUGGCGCUCGAGACAAUUCACAAACAUCUAACGCUUCGGCUUACGAUGCAUCGAAGACGACCAACUAUUACGGGCAACAACAACCACAACAGCAACAUACGGCAGCCAAUCAGGGCUACGGAUAUGGAGCAGGGGCGCCUAAGGCCAUGUAUUCCGGUUACUCUGCGACACCAAACAAUCCAGUUAUCCAAAUGGCUAAUCAUAAUGUGCAGAAACCUAAUAAUGUACCAACAGCUAAUGUCUCAUAUCCCAACUACAAACCUCAGAGCAACACAAACUAUACUCAGAAUGCUGCUAGUGGUUACAACUCGCAUUCUAACUGGUCCAAUCCUGGCAGUGGUUUUCAGCCAACACAAGGCCAGGGUUAUGAUGCAGCUGUUUAUAAUGCAGCCUCGUCCUUCUUUCAACAACAGACACAGCCCAGGCAGAAGUGGGGAAGUCAGAAGAGUAACAAUCAACAUAAUCAGAACAAGAGUCAUCAACAAAACCGACAGCGAAAUCCACCCAGACAACAGCAGAUGCAUUAUUGUGAUGUCUGCAAAAUUAGUUGCGCUGGUCCUCAGACAUACCGGGAACAUCUUGAAGGACAGAAACAUAAAAAGAAGGAAGCUGCACAAAAGCAAAUGGAAGCAGCAGGGCCUGAGGGGUACAAAUGCUCUCUUUGUGAUGUUAUUUGUACAGGAACUGAUGCGUUUAAUGCUCAUCUUAGAGGAGCUAAACAUUUAAAGACCGUCAAACUCUUGGAGAAACUUGGAAAACCGGUGCCCACUGUCCUGUCAGCGGAAGAUCAAGACAAGGAGAAGCAGAAAGAGGGGAUUGUGAAGCCACAAUCCAUAAAAAACUCCUUCCGUGGAAAUCAAAGACGUAACAGAAAGACUUCGGCACCCAAAAUUACCUUCAUUAGUGGUGCACCAUUAAACACGUCUGCUAACAAAGUAGAAGAACAAAGUAACGAUGCUGUAACCACUGAAGCUUCAGAUCAGAAGAAGGAAGAUGCGUCUGCUACUCCCGAAGAAGGAAAAUAUAAUAAGUUUGUCGGCGAGGACUAUGUCGAAGAAGUUCGAAAUGAUGGCGGUAAAGUCAUUGCAUUUGAAUGUAAACUAUGUGAAUGUAAAUUUAACGAUACCCAGGCGAGGGAAGCUCAUUUGAAGGGACGUCGACAUCAACUAGCAUAUAAGAAAAAAGUGCAACCGGAUUAUGUUCUUGAUCAAAAGUCAAGCAACCGAAAUAGGCCAACAACACAACCUCGCUCACUGAUGGAUGAGAAGGCCAGACGUCGAUGGGAGCAAGAUAUGUACUGGAGACAACAGGAAGCUGCAUGGAGAAAUGAGGAAGUUAGAAGGUGGGGCGAAGAAGAGUACUGGCGUCGGUUAGAAGAGGAAGAACGCGCUUGGGAAGAACAAGAAGGUCAUCGACAUUCUAUGGAGUGGGGACACAGAAUAGGGUCUGGAUCUCGCUCUGAUUUCAUGCAUCAUGACAUGUAUCCACCAGCCAACAUGUUGAGACCGAGACAAGACAGUCAAGACGACCGCAUGGUUAUGUCAAAGCACAAACUUAUUUAUCCGAAUGAAGAAGAGCUUGCUGCCGUUCAGAGCAUUGUAUCCGCGGUGGAGAAGGCACUGAAACUGGUUUCUGACAGCAUUGCAGAAGAGGAUGCGCCCGUCGUAGUGAAACAGGAAACUAUAGGAGUGGGCGAAGAAAGCGAGACGCUGGGAAAGACGGAAGAAAAUGGCGAAGAAGGAAAGGACAGUGAAACUCAGGACCAAAAGCAGUCGCAAAAUGGGGAAAAAACUGAUGACGACGCAAAAUUAGCUGGAAAAUCAAAGGAAAAGGAUGAAGAAGCACCCGCGCCUAGGACUCUUAAAGGUGUGAUGCGUGUCGGUGUUCUUGCGAAAGGUUUACUUCUUCACAAGAGAUUAGAUGUUGAACUGGUCGUCUUGUGUCAAGAUCGCCCGACUACACAGCUUCUGGAGCGUGUUUUUCAGAAAAUUCCUGAUCAGUUGACGAACGUGAGCGAUGAGAAGUAUGAUGUCUCUCACGAUGGCUGUGUCAUUAGCGUGAAGUCUACUAAAGAACCUUUCAUUGUCGUCACAAUCAUUUUAACAUCUCCAGUUAUCAGGGAGGAGUCGGACGUCGCUCAAGCAGAAGAACAAAAAGAUGUAUUGGAUCGUGAAAAAUGUCUGGAGGCAUUGGCAUCCCUACGUCAUGCUAAAUGGUUCCAGGCUAAAGCCAAUAGCGUUCCAUCUUGUGUGGUUAUAAUCAGGAUUCUGCGUGAUAUGAGGGAUCGGCUACCGGUGUUUGCAUCUCUCAACCCUUGGGCUUUGGAAUUAUUAGUUGAGAAAUGUCUCAGCUGUUCCGAGGUUCCUCUUGGCCCAGGUGAAGCUUUUCGUAGGGUUUUGGAGUGCAUUGCAUCAGGUGUACUUUUGCCAGGUGGCCCUGGUCUACAUGAUCCAUGCGAAAAAGAGGUGACCGAUGCUGCCAAAGAUAUUACUAUUCAAGAACGAGAAGAUCUCACUGCGAAUGCGCAGCAUUUUCUUCGUCUGCAAGCAUUUCACCAACUUUACACCGUCCUCGAUAUCGACCCGCCCCCUAGUUCGUCGAAAUUUCGCGUUGGACGAUACGGGCCUGGUGGACGUUUCAAGAGACGGCGAGAAGACAAUGGGAAUGUUGAUGGAAGCGCAAAGAAAGAAAAGAAAGACGGAGAAGAAAAGGUUAAUGAUAGUAUCGAACCAUCUGGGCUCUCUGAAAAUACCGGAGGAACAACAGAUUCCGCCACCAGCGAAAAACCGCUUGAAGAAAAGUGCUAGGAAGCAUUGUCUUAAGUAGAGAAAUUUUAGAAUGAGAUAUUUAUCUAUAAUGACUAUAUUCUGUAUGCAUUGAACCACCCCAUUGUUUUAAUUUUGUUUGUUGGUAGAUUCGUGCUUCCUUUUCUGUUUGUAAUUUUGUCUCACGCUUACAUAUGACCGUGCUUGCCUUUAAAGUUGGCAAAACUUGAGAUUUUGUUUGUUUAGUUAGUAAAGUAAAAUCAUGAAAAGAAUACAUGUAUAUAGUUGGUUAAAUGCUGCGUUUUGUUUCGGUUGGCUUUUGUCGAAAAUGAGUAUCAAAUGAUUGAUGAUUUGUGGUUAA